AACAGUGCAAAGAAGAGUGUGUGUCCGUGGGGGAGGAGACAUUUGUUGAGGAGGAGCCAGGUGUUAGGGGAGGAGGGAGAGGACGUCUCGUUCAGGAACGAAACUUAACAUUCAUAGAAACCUAAGCAAGCGACGUGGAAGAAAUUCUCUCUCGUUCAGGAGAAAAAGAAAACGCAUUUUGGAACAUAUAGUCUGACAGACAGUAACAACAAGGAAUGGCCUCUGCUAACAUCUGGUCUGAAGAGAACUUUUCAUGUUCAAUCUGUCUGGAUGUGUUCAACAAUCCAGUUAGCACUGCAUGUGGACACAACUUUUGCAGAACCUGUAUAACAAAGUUCUGGGAUGAACAAGUCCAGUACAAAUGUCCUGUUUGCAACAAGCUUUUUGACACAAGACCUGAUCUACAGAUCAAUACCUUCUUAUCAGAGCUGGCAGCUCCGUUUAGAACGUCCGUAGGAGUAAAACAGCAGCCUUGUGUUGAACCAGCAGAAGUUCCCUGUGACGUCUGUACUGGGACCCAGCUGAAGGCCUUGAAGUCCUGCCUAGUGUGUCUUAUCUCUUACUGUCAAACCCACCUGGAGCCGCAUCAGAGAGUCGCAGGCCUGAAGAAACAUCGACUGGUCGAGCCUAUGGACCGCCUGGAAGACAUGAUGUGUAAGAGACACGACCGACUUCUUGAGCUCUUCUGCCAGACUGAACAGGUGUGUGUGUGUCAGUUCUGCACAGAGACAGACCACAAGUCCCAUCCUGUUGUACCUUUAAAGGAGGAAUAUGAAGUGAAGAUGGCCCAGCUGGGGAAGAUAGAGGCUGAAGUUCCGCAGAUGAUCCAGGAGAGAAAACUUAAGAUAAAGAAGAUCAACGACACAGUAGAAAUGAGCAAGAAAGACGCAGACAGAGAGAUAGCCGAUGGUGGGCAGGUCUUCACUGCUCUGAUAAACUGUGUUGAAAAGUGCCAGGAAGAUUUCAACCAAACGGUUAAAGAGAAACUGAAAUCCACAGAGAAACAAGCUGAAGACCUCAUCAAAGAGCUGGAGCAGGAAAUGCAAGAUCUGACCAAUAGAAGCUCAGAGUUGAAGCCAAUCUUACACAUGGAAGACCACCUGCAUUUCCUCCAAGCCUUCAGAUCCCUGAAGGAUCCUCCACACACCAGGGACUGGAUGACGGUGGAGGUCCGUCCUCCAUCAUACUUGGGGACCUUGGGGAGAUCCCUUGAUCAGCUGGAGGAGACAAUGAACAUGGAGAUGAAGAAGCUGCGUGAUGCUGAAUUGAAGAGGGUCCAGCAGUAUGCAGUAGAUGUGACUCUGGAUCCCGAUACAGCUCAUCCCCUUCUCAUCCUGUCCGAGGAUGGGAAACAAGUACAUCAUGGAGAUAUAAGGAAGAGACUCCCAGACAACCCUAAGAGAUUUUCACUGUAUAUACAUGUUCUCACGAGGCAGAGCUUCUCUUCAGGUAGAUCUUACUUUGAGGUCCAGGUUAAAGACAAGACUAAAUGGUAUUUAGGAGUGGCCAGAGAGUCCAUCAACAGAAAAGCUCAGACCACAUCAACCCCUGAGACGGGUUUUUGGACUCUCUACUACGACAAGGAUGCGUUGGUAUUUCAAGGUAACCCUGCUGUCAGUCUCCCUCGCAGAGCUGAGCUCCAGAAGGUGGGGGUGUUUGUUGAUUAUGAUGAGGGUGUAGUCUCCUACUACGAUGUGGAAGCCAGGCUUCAUAUCUACUCUGUUACUGGCUGCUCCUUUAGUGAGCCUCUCUAUCCAUUCCUCUGUCCACAAGUACAUGAUAGUGGUAAAAACUCUGCCCCUCUGAUCAUCUCACCUGUCAAUCAAACAGACUAGGACCUUAGUUUGAUAAUAUAAAAACCAAACAACCAAAGCAACUGAUGUUGUUUCAUAAUUGGUAAUCACUAUGUUAGAUCUGCAAUAAUGUCGUAUUGCGGUAAUUUAACAAGGAAAGUUAUUUCAGAAUAUAACCUCUAAACCUAUAAAAGUAAUUGAAUGUAACCCAUGAUAAAGGGUUGGAUUACACUAUAUUAUUUGUCAGUUUUCUCCUGAUUAUUCAUGUUACGAGGACUAACAUGUUAACAGGACUAAUUUGUACAAAAUAAUAAUUGUAGUUUUUUAACAUUUCUAUCUAUUUUACCUUAUGAAUAGUGGAUGACCAAAAAAUACAAUGUCCUUACACGUUAGUUUAAUUUUUUUUUAUUGUGGAGGCCUACCAUUAUAAUAUAUAACUUAAGAGGAAUAGAUACAUUCCAGUCUAAUAGCGUUCAGUAGAAAUACUGUUACAAGUGUAAUACAAUUUUUUUUUUGAUGAAGUUUGUUGCCUUAAACCCUUAUUUUGAUAAUUUUGAGAUUGAUGGAACGUUUUAUAUCAGCAAGAAAUUAUAAAAGUUGGUAGUUGAUGAACCAGUAAAACGUAUUCUCCACCAAACAACUCUUCAUGUAUCGAACACUUUAUUUUAUUGUGCAAUAAAGAUUAUAUGAAUUGAAUUGAGGGAGACGGGGGAGGGAGAGAGAGAAAGAAAGAGCUGUGGGGAGAGAACGAGGGGUGAGCGAGAGAGAGAGAGAGAGAGGGGGAAGAUAGAGUGAUAGAGAAAGGGAGAAAGGAGGGAUGAGAGAGAAGGGGAGAGAGAGAGAGAGAGAGAGUAUAUAUACCUACCCUGUAGUAUACUGCAAUUUCUCCUCAUAAUAAGUUACUGCAUUGCUGAACACUAAAAUGCACCCCCUGCAUAAGAACUGUAUCUGUCUAUAAUGUAGUCUUUUAUAUCCAACCUUUCAUAGCUCAGUGUGUUAUCUAGUGCAUCAGUAAUGUGUAUGGAGAUGGGUAAAGACUGCUUUACCUUCCAGUCCGGGGAAAGAGUUUGAUUCAGUCCCUCACAGUGUCCUCAUGCUUUCCACGGUGUUGUGCUGAUCAUAAUUGAUUUUCCACUGUGCUUCUGCUAGUGAUAAUCAAUAUUUAAUUUAGUUUUUUUACCUUGGUGUAGCACUUUGUUAUUUUUCAUUUGUUAAAUUGUAAAACUGCUUUGCCAAUUCCCAUUUGUAUAUUCUAUUCCAUUAAAGCUCUUUCGAUUUA